UUCCGAUGUGCUGAUCAGACGCAAUGUAUCCAAAAAUCGUGGGUUUGUGAUGGUUCAAAGGACUGUGCUGAUGGAUCGGAUGAGCCAGAAACAUGCGAAUUCAAGCAAUGCUCGGCUAGCGAGUUUCAAUGCAAGAAUAAGCGAUGUCAACCAAGGAAAUUCAAGUGCGACUAUUACGAUGAUUGCGGUGACAACUCAGACGAAGAAGAUUGUGGUGAAUAUCGAUGUCCACCAGGAAAAUGGCAUUGUAAUGGUACAGGACAUUGUAUCGAUGAAGUUCGGCUCUGUGAUGGAGUUAAGGACUGCCCGGAUGGAGCAGAUGAGGAGCAUUGCUCGCAGAACCUCUGUCCAUCUUUGGGAUGCCAAGCUGGCUGUCAUGCGUCCCCACAUGGAGGAGUUUGUACUUGUCCAAAUGGGUACAGGCUGGAUGAACGAUUUCAUAGGACUUGUUCAGGUAUACUUGUCUAUAAUUAAUUGUCCCUUUUUCUCUCAAUCACGUGGUCAUCCAUCCCUUUGUACUUUCGGGCGAUUAAUUAUCCGAUUGUCCAAUUACUGGUGCAUUCAUUUUUCAAACAACACUUUGAAGGGGGGUUCGUCCGAUUUAUUUGUAGCGAAUUUUAUAGAGGAUUUAACAGAAUUCAUCAUCUGAAC